GUUCAAAAUUGAUCAAUCGAGUCUUACACUUUCGCGCACGCUGCACCCUCACACACCCGAUCUCUCUCUCCCUCUCUCUCUCUCUCUCAUUCUCCGCCUUCCGCCGCCGCCGCCUUCUGUGACCGCCUCCCAGCUCCGCUACUCCUCCUCCACCGUCACCGCCAGGUAUGUAUGCUGUUCUUAAGGACAGAUUGACCGAACCAAUUUGAACUCUAGUAAUUCUAUUUGUUAAGCCUGUUUGGACAAUGCAUUUGAAGGAAGGAUGUUCCUUGCUGCUAAAAGUACACAGACCUUCAAUUCCUUUUGUGCUCAAUACAAACCCCAUUCUCAAUCCUAUCCUUGAUAAUGAGGUGAAUUCUAAUCCAACCAGUGUUAAAGAAUAUGAUGUUCUAAAGAGGUUGAGGCACGAGCGUGACCUCACGCUAGCAUUAGAGUACUUUAAGUCUCUGGCAAAUUCAAGAUCUUUCAAACAUACUCCUCUGACAUACCAAACUAUGAUUGAAAAGCUUGGGUGCAGAGGUGAGAUGGAAAUUGUUCAGUAUCUUUUGCAGCAAAUGAAGUUGGAAAGCAUUAGUUGCUCGGAAGACUUGUUUAUUAGCGUGAUAAAUUCUUGUCGGCGAGCUGGGGCUGCCGAGCAAGCACUGAAAACAUUUUAUAGGAUGCAAGAUUUUGGGUGUUCCCCAACAGUCAAAAUUUAUAAUCACCUUUUGGAUGCGUUGCUUAAUGAGAAUAGGUUUCAUAUGAUCAACCCUAUAUAUAGUCACAUGAAGAAAGAUGGGUUGGAACCCAAUGUGUAUACAUAUAAUAUUCUUUUGAAGGCGUUGUGCAAGAAUAAUCGGGUGGAUGGUGCUCAUAAGUUGCUUGUAGAAAUGUCAAAUAAAGGAUGCUCUGCUAAUGCAGUGAGCUACACAACGGUUUUAUCUUCUAUGUGUAAGCUUGGUAAGGUGAAGGAAGCAAGGGAGAUUGCUGCAAGGUUCGCCCCUAUUGUACCUGUUUAUAAUGUUUUGAUCCAUGGGUUGUGUAGAGAAUCCAAUAUUGAGGAGGCAUUUGAGUUGUUGAAUGAGAUGGUGGAUAAGGGAAUAGAUCCUAAUGUGAUCACGUACACAACGAUCGUCAAUGCUCUUUCUGAUGCAGGGAAUGUUCAUCUGUCUCUUGCAGUUUUGUCACACAUGUUUAAGAUAGGAUGUAGUCCCAAUAUUCAUACCUUUAGUUCCUUGGUAAAGGGUUUUUUCUUAAAAGGGAGAUCUUAUGAAGCUCUUGACGUGUGGGACCAAAUGAUUCGAGAGGGAAUCAGGCCCAAUGUUGUUGCAUACAACACACUGAUACAUGGUCUAUGCUCUGUUGGUAAUGUGGGCAAAGCUGUAGCUGUUACUAAUCAAAUGGACAUUAAUGACUGCUCUCCUGAUGUAACAACCUACAGCAUUCUUAUUGAUGGCUUUGCAAAAGCUGGGAACUUGGUUGGUGCAUCCGAGACGUGGAACAAGAUGAUUACCCAUGGUUGCCAUCCAAAUGUUGUGGCAUAUACAAGCAUGGUUGAUGUCCUUUGUAGGAAUCUCAUGUUUGACCAAGCCCAUUGUCUUAUAGAGAAUAUGGUGAUGGAAAAUUGUCCACCUAAUGCCGUUACAUUUAAUACGUUUAUUAAAAGUUUAUGUUGCAGUGGUAGAGUAGAUUGGGCAAUAAAGUUGCUUUAUCUAAUGGAAGAAUAUGGAUGCUUGCCAAAUAUCACGACGUAUAAUGAAAUAUUGGGUGGUCUUUUCAAAGAAAACAAUUUUGAAGUAGCGUUUGAACUGGUUAAGGAGAUGGAAGAAAGGGGGUUCGAGCUUAAUUUGGUGACGUACAACACUAUUAUCCAUGGCUUUUGUUAUGCUUGUAUGCUUGAGGAGGCUCUGAAGCUUGUUGGAAAGAUGGUGGUCAGGGGAAUAAAGCCUGAUCCUUACACUUUUAACAUAAUAAUCAACGCCUAUUGUAAGCGUGGUAAGAUUGAGUUUGCAAUUAAACUGCUAAAUUCGAUGAGAGCAGUAGGCUGGCAUCCAGACUUAGUUUCGUACACAAGUAUUAUGCGUGGGAUUUGUGACUUUAUUGGUUUGGAAGAAGCCAAUGUUUAUCUUCACAGGAUGGUAAAUGAAGGAAUUUUCCCUAACACUGCCACAUGGAACGUUUUGGUGCGGUUUUUGCUUAGUAAGGUAGGUUUUUCAGGGGCAACGGGUUUUCUAGACAGUAUCUUGGAUGGGUAGAUAUCAUACAAGAGCACAAAAUGGCUUCUGGACAAUUGAAGUAGCAGCCGAGUAUGUAAAUUUUGGAUGAUAUUUCCUUGUUGAGAAGACUGCACUGUCCAAUGACCGUGCAUGAGCCCAGAACUCAGGAAGUGGAGGGGAUGACUUUGCUUAGGCUCAUUCACAGGAUUUUCAGCUCUAAUUGCCGCAGCUUGUAUAGUAAACUCUGGCAGAUAACUCCACAAUAGCAUCCCUCUUCUUGAUGAUGAUAGCUUUUGAUUUUGGAUUUCUGGAAUCAGUUUGCUCAGGUGGUCUUCCCUUAUGUUCCCUAACAUUCAAAGUUGUUCUGGUUUGAGAAAGAAGCACUGGCUGAGCGCCCUGAAUGAAUAAGAAAUGUAUGGCAAAGGGAAUCAAUGAUUAUUAUUCAACUGAGUUGAAGCUAGCAACAUUUUGCUCAUGCAUAGUGGUUAACUUGGUGGAUCAAAAUUCUCUCACGCUCUUUCUAAAUUGUAACAACAAAAAAGAAAAAGAAAAAAUAGAACUGAAAUGAAUGCUUACAUGGAGAACUGGAAUUACAAAUUUGUCAAAAGAGGUUAUCUACUAGUUUUAUCUGAAUUUGUUGGGAUUUUCCUUUGUUUUGGCUUUAUAAAUCUCAUUUGAAA